AUGUCUCCAGGCCCUGCCAAUUCGCAGUUGGAUAUGCUAGAUGCUAAUGCUAGGCCGGUCCUGCUCUCACCUUACUUGCGCCGUAGCACUUCACCUUGGGCCUCACUACCACAGACAAGGCAAGGUCGCGAGGACUCUUGGUGCAGGCAGGGAAUGAGGUCAAGAGCUGAGACUGGCCGCGAACACUGUGUGGCGCCUGCUUGUUCUGGGUCUGGUGGGUCCCACUUGUACCCACCCCACCCAGCUAAGGUACCGGCCCCGACUUCGACGGCGCUGCCGCUAACCACAGACUACCGUCCGAAUACACUAAGACCCAGAAAGUCUGAAGAUCGAGACCCUCAACGCCAUCUCUCUACACUAGCCGAGAGCAUUGACGUUCCGCAAGCCUCGACCUGGUCAACUUCAAGUGGACUCGACAUGCGCCGGAACUCAGAACCGGGCUCCUCCUCCCUGGACCUUGCUAAUAUCCCACAGGUUACAAGCUGCAACCCGUCCACCCAUACACGCAUCGCCGUCCAUCCCUCGCUCGCCCAGCCGGUACCACCCACACUCGCGCACAAGUCCCCCUACACCAAAACCCAAGCAAACAACGUGCCCGGGCCGCAUAUUGAGCCUCUCCUUCCCACCACAACAUCCGACCGCGCCGCCAUCGCCGCCGGCGCAGGAACGCAGGAACCAUCACUUGCAUUCAGGGCCAGGAACAACCGGUGGGACGCGGCGGACACGCACAGAACAGAAGGAAACUCUCAGUCUGCUACUGCUACACAGGCACUGGCUCUGGACCACAAGCACGGGAAUCUGUCAUCCAUUCUCAAGUCUCCAUUGUGUCGAAACCGACUCAGCCCUCCCGAUAUCAUGUCCGGCAUUCAGUACCCUACUUCAGGUUGGACAAUUGAGUUCGAGGUCCAGCCUUGGCGUCAACGGCUCCUGCAUUUCCACGCUCCUGUCGUCUAUCUGCCCCUUUUCUUGUGUACAUCUCACCCUUUGUCAGAGUCUGAGUCCCCCUCUCCCUCCCCUGGCCCACGACAGAGCGAGGCCAUCGCCAAACCAAACGGACACUUUUCAAGCGUGCACAAGAGGACCAGGCUUCAAAGAGACCCUACGUAUCAUCCCAGCAAUGCGGUAUUCCCGCCGAAGGUGCCUGUCUGCACGUACAGCUGCCAAACCGGUUACUGUCAGGGCCAUUUUGACGACGUCCGCCCCCCUCCCUCGCAUACAUACAUCCCGCGCCUGUUUGAUGAACCCAGUCGCCCAUCAUCUCGAAUUAGAUCAGGUCCCCACCCUCAACGAUACCCCGCGUCCAUGAUGACAAUCUUCCCACCGGUUGCCCUGGCGUGCCUGGGUCAUGUCAGGGCCCUUUCCCCCCCAGAACGCCCAGAGAUAGUUGGACAUUCGAGAAACACCAAUUCCUCCACUUCUGCUGGGCAUCUCCAGCUUGAAUCAUUGUCUUUGGCUGACAAGCUUCGCGGCGACGGGGGCCUUUGCUUUGGAAUCACUGAUAACAGAAACAACAUCAUUACUGGAAUCUAUGGUACGCAGUCUCCUCGUCCAGACAAGUCUGCUACCGAUAUUAAUGUGAUCGAGAUAUCCCGAAUUAGCAACUUCUUCUUGCGUACGCCGUACGGCGACAUCAACAGGUCCGGUAAACCCAUGUCAAAUAUCCCGUCUCGUCGCAAGAGGUCCAACAUCUCGGAGCCGGGUUUGGGUAUGGGGGUUGGGCAGAACGAACGAAAAUGCUUGACUUCACAUCUUUCUCCUCCGGCACGGCGUACCCACCCCGGUCAGGUUAUCAAAAAACUUGCCGUGUUUCCCUCUUUCUGGGUUGUGACGGCUAGCAAAGAGACCGAAGGUGUUCCUGGGUGCAAAUCCCAAGCCGAUUGGCCAAACGCACCCUACGAUCCAAGAAGCCCUAUGCAGGUUGGUGGUGCAGACGUGCUUCUCCCCCUCUCCAUGCCCCCCUGCGAGGUUCCACGCGACCUGGCGACCGUUUCUCUCCCCCCAAAAAGCCAAACCGAAAGGCCUUUUGAACCACACACGCACGCACCACUGCAUCUCGGGAGCCAAUUAUCCCCCCUUGCCUUUUGGCGAUUGAUUACACGUCUUUUCCGACUUACACAGUACAUCGACGUAGUCCUCAAUGUUUCCUGGCGCCGCAAAACCAGGCUGGGGGUUUUGGAGAAACCAUGCUCUCACACACCUGGCUUGGCAGAAGACUUGAUAUUCUCUCUGAGGAGCAGGCCCUUGUAUAACCCCAACCACCAAACCUACCAUCAUCAUCAUCAUCAGCAGCAAAAGCAGCAGCAAUCACCAACCACAUGUUCAUUGCAACCCGCGCAUCCCACCGCAGUUCCCCAAACCUUGCACGGAUGGGUUUCCACACCUAGACCACGUCAAAAGAGGUCCCGGCCAAAGCAACCUCGAUCUGACAAGCGGGACACCAAACCCCACCUCCAAAUGCUCGUCCUUGUUUCUUUCCCUAAAUUAGCCCGGCCAUCAUCCGUCGUUAUUUACCCGAUUCGCCAAUCUGGGAAAGAAGAUGAUGGCGCCGCGAGAGUUCACGUUGAUACAUACGCAAAUCCCGGGUUCUUUCUCUCCCCCCCCUCCUUCCUCGGACCUCUCCCCCACCCAUGUUUUUCUCCCGGCAACCUGCACUACCUCCUCUUCACCUCCAUCCUUUCCAAAUUCCCCAAGCUCCAGGGGCUCACCCCUCAGAUUGUUUUCUUUUUUGUCAUCGUACACACACCUUUUCCCCCCUUGAUUGUCGAAUUGCAUGAUGGGUUCCAAUUUUGGAUUGUUCGGUCCGACCUCUUUCUGUUCAUUGUGCCCGAACCCCUUGACCCCUUGCGUGAAAUCGCUUGGCAUAGCCCUAUUGUUAGCAACCGGGUGGUUGCGGGUGGGGUUCUUCCCCCGUUCUGGAACGUUCCGCCGGGAACAGCUACCGGCCGUCCGGUUGUUCGGAGUCUGUCGUCUCAACCGUAUUUUAGUGUCCUGCGCUGCAACGUCUGGUCCGUUGGAGCCUCCGACAGCUGCCAGUUUCCGCCGUCCGAACUCAACGUCGUCUCGAGUCGUUCAUUGCCCGGGAGAACCGGCUCCAGCAGCUGGGGCAUUGUAGGUACCGAAACCGCCAUGUUCUGCGAUGCCGUUGUCGGUCUUCAUCGUGCCGUUAAGCAUAGGACAAAGCCUUUGCAAGGGUUAGUAUGCGUGCAUAUGGAACAGAAGUCAUGGGGGAAGUGGAGAGAAAGAGAAAGCAUGUUGGGUAGGUAA